UAGAAAAUUUUCUUUGUGAUUGCUCGCGGUAAAUUCUUUCGUAUAUACGAAGAGACGGUUCGUCUCUGAAUUAGAAAGUUGUUUUGCGAGCCCUCGUGAUAAUCUCAAAGAAAACUCACUUUAAUUAUCUCAAUUGAUCAGGCUUCAUGUUACAUCCGUUUGAGGCCCUAAAAAGGAAAGGGGUUUUAUUAUUUGCGUGUCUGGACCACAAAUACCCCUUGUAUUUGACCUGCGGUGACCAUUUUUGACAUUUCAUGAUUCGAGCGCGUUAUCAUUUAGUUGAUGCUUUGAAAUCACCGAUAACAAAGUAUGUCACGGCAGAAGUCAUUAACGACUGCAUUUUUACAAUGAGGAAAUCAUACAUACACAGUAUUUGGCUCGUCUUACUCGUAAUAUCAACAACGGGAGAAAAUGUCAGUGUGGGUAAUAGGACCUCUGACAACUAUGCCACCUCAAAGCACACAUUGUUACAUACAAGUUUUUUAACAUUAUCACGUCAACAGACAAUUCCUAUUCGUAAAUCUACUGAGACAAGAUUGGAAAGUGCGGAUGCAAAGACUGUGAAAUUGCAAGCGAGUAGAUUUUUAAAUUCUCGCACGCAUGAAAAUGCGUCUUGGUCGGAGAGCACGCGAACACAAUCUGUGCGCAAUUUAUACAAUACUGACACUCAGUCAACAACAGUGCGUGAUUUAUUCAAAUACACGCAAAUACAGAGCGCAGAUCUACAGAUCAUCUCUUCAACAAAAACUGCACCUCUAGUAAUGCCAGAUAAUACCAACGGUGAAGUGAAACCCACUGAAACAUGUAAACUGAGUAAUUCUGUGAAUUCCGUCACAUUUGAAGUACAUAAAUCUUCAAUCAACGGGUCAGCAAAUCCUCAUAUUUCACAGCACGCAACAGUUUUGAGCAACAGAUAUUUAAGUGUUAAAAUCUCAAGCACGAUACCCAGUGGAAAUUCGUUGGAAGUACAGAAAUCUCACACGAGAUCAGCAAAAGAUCAUUUUCAGAGUAAAACCAUUAAUUUUCAGAGUAGCUACGAGAGCUUUCACACUCGAACAUCACGAGACGAGUCAAGUACGUUUGGACACUUCCUGAAGAGUACACAAGCGUUACAACCCUCGAGAAUAAUAGAAACAACCUUGCCAGGAAGGAGCGACUCAUUAACUGCGGAAUUACAGAUAAACACACAUCUUGCGACAAGUAGAUUUAACGAGUGGCAAAGAUCAACCAUAGAAGAUUUAUCGAAAACAGUCGAAAGACCUCACAUCACGCUAACCUUUGCGAGUUCCCAGCUCAAAACACAAGGAAGCAACUCUUAUCUUGCCCAUACAGACGAGUAUUUGUCUUCGACCUCAAGUGCAAACAUAGCUAGUAGGAUAAUACAUACUGCAGUUGGAAACAUUUCAAAAACGACUGAAAUUAAGGAAAAUAGAAAAACACACUCCGGAAGGUCAGAAAAAACAAUGGAAAACUUAACUCCGAGUUUUACUGUAAAAGAAAUUUCAUCAACUGGUAGCAUCCUGAUGAGGGUGUCCAAGAACCGCGCAACGAGUCUAAGGACAAGCCAAUCUGGUUAUCAAUCGGCGGAGAUUAAAUCAGCCAAUGAGGUAACAGACACCAAAUCUCCAAUACUAUCAACAGAGAUCCAUGUUCUAUCAUCAAAAGUACAUUCUUCAUCACCAUUCCUUACCACAAGUCACAACAAGUCCUCUAGUAAAGUUGCAGGCAUGCCUCUGUACGUUUUAGCGAUUUGUCUUCCCCUGGCGGCCCUCCUGGGUUUCGCCUUGGCCUUCGUCUACUUCAGACGAAAUAAACAGGAUCAGAGAGUGCGUUACUCGGUCACCGUCGAAAUCUCCGCAGAUAAACCAGAUUAUGAAUUGAAAAGAAUGUACAGCAUUAUUGACGUGACUGGGGGAAUAAACAAGGAGUUUUUGUCAGAUUUGGAAAGUCGGAAAAGUAGCAAAGGAAUCUUAGAUCAAUUGGACAAUGUGUCUGUUAGUAUUACACAAUCUGACCAAACAAUCUAAGUCAACAAGCAGUAGAUACUUCAUGAACAGCUCUCUCCUGGAGGAGACACAUUAUUCCAUAGAAGAAAUCAUGCUGAACAGGCAUUACUUCCUACGAACGAGAGUUGUUUUAAUUGCACAAAUGCACAAUCAAUAUUAUUGCCAGCGUAAUUUUCCGUCCUUGCAUUAGGAUAACUGGAAUAAUUUAUAGUAAGCUUGGGGAAGAAACUUUGGUAGUCCCAUGCGAAUUAUUGUUGGUGUGACUCUAUGAGCCUUGAAUGUAUGAGACAGAUACAUUUACCAGACCAUAUGGCAGACCAAACACAGACUCGAAAAAACAAAAAGAUAGGCAUCUGUUUCAUGUCUGUGUUUAAACAUCAUCAAUUUCCUUUGAUGAAUAAUUUCCGACCAUCUGCAUUCUGGUAAAAUGUACAUCCGACAUCUGCUGGAUAAUCCUGGAUUAAAUGACAUGCAAGUCAACUCUACUUUGUCAAAGGAAUGGAUCAUUUGUCAAAAAUUAUAACACCUUUCAUUGUUACUGAUAUUGUAGUCACUGCUGUUUUAUGAAAUUGUAAAAUGUUAGGAAAUGUUUUCAAUCUUAGAGUUUUGCCUAUUUAAUUGG